AUGGAUAACCGAAUAUGUGGAAGGUUUGAUUUAUUGAGAAAAUUUUUAUCCGAUGAAUUAAAAAACUCUACAAGUAAAGAUAUUCAUAAUUUAGGGAGUGCUAAGAAUUAUUGUCCUAAAGAAGGUUCAGAAAAUAAAUGUAAGACUGAGGUCGAUAAAAUAAAUGCUGGAUUUCUAUGGUUGUUAGAGCAAAAUAUUAUUAAUAAUAUUAGUGAUUUUAGUGAUGCUAGUGAUGAAAAACAUAAAGUGUUUAUUAUAUACAUCAUGUUAUGGUUAAAUUUUAAAUUGAAUCAAAAGAAUGAUGCAAAAAGCACACAAUUUAAUGAUUUUUAUAAUAAUUAUAUAGAAAAUAAUACACAUUAUACUAAAUGUAAAAAAAAAACUAAUAAUAAUAAUUAUGAGGAUUGUAGCAGUUCAUUAAAAGAAGCAACAGGAUAUAAUAAUUUUAAGGAGUUCAUAGAAGCAAACAAAUGUUUGAUGAAUAUUAAAUUUAAAGAUGUGUCUGAUUUGUAUGAUGCAUUUAAAUCAUUAUGUAACAUGUAUACUGAACUUGAUGCAAACGACACAACAGAUAAGAAAUAUUUAGAAAAUGCUAAAACAUUUGUUGAAAAAUAUGAUGAACUUAACAAAAAUCCUAAUGUUACUAAAGAUAAUCCCUAUUAUCAAGUAUUGUCUACAUUAUCAAAUGAUUAUAAUAAUUUUAAAAAAUUUUGUAAUAGUAGUAGCGUUGAUUGUAACGAUAUUCCAUCCCUUUCACCGAUAAAAAUAAAAGAAAAUAGUGUACAAAGUUCUGAACGAAAUUCUUUACAAAAUUCUGGAGUUACAUCAUCAAGUUCGUCGAUAACAAACAAAUUAAUUCCAGUUGUAUCGAUAAUUGCUGCAAUACCAAUUUUCGUGGGAAUUGCUUAUAAGUAUUCGUUAUUUGGAUUUCGGAAACGAUCUCAAAAACAACAAAUAAGAGAAAAGAUAAAAAAAUAA